AUGCCCAGCGGCUGCCGCUGCCUACAUCUCGUGUGCCUGUUGUGCAUCCUGGGGGCACCGGGUCAGCGUGUCCGAGCCGAUGACUGCAGCUCCCACUGUGACCUGGCCCACGGCUGCUGUGCACCCGAUGGCUCCUGCAGAUGUGACCCAGGCUGGGAGGGCCUGCACUGUGAGCGCUGUGUGAGGAUGCCUGGCUGCCAGCACGGUACCUGCCACCAGCCCUGGCAGUGCAUCUGCCACAGCGGUUGGGCUGGAAAGUUCUGUGACAAAGUGAACAUUCCCCUAGGGCCCACCUCAGCGGUGGUGGUACCUGCCACAAAGCCAGCCCCCCACAGUGCAGGGGCCGGUCUGCUGCGGAUCUCAGUGAAGGAGGUGGUGCGGAGGCAAGAAGCCGGGCUAGGUGAGCCUAGCCUGGUGGCCCUGGUGGUGUUUGGGGCCCUCACUGCUGCCCUGGUCCUGGCCACCAUGUUGCUGACUCUGAGGGCCUGGCGCCGGGGUGUCUGCCCCCCUGGACUCUGUUGCUACCCUGCCCCACGCUAUGCCCCGGCGUGCCAGGACCAGGAGUGUCAGGUUAGCAUGCUGCCAGCAGGGCUCCCCCUGCCACCUGACCUGCCACCUGAGCCUGGAAAGACCACAGCACUGUGA